CAAAAUUAUACAAAGAGAUAGUUUUAUAUUAAAAUAAAACUUGAUUUAUUGUCUGGGAUAUUUUUUCUAUGUUGAACAUUAUUUAGUGAUGUUAAUGAAACAAUAAAAGUUUUAGAGAAGAUCAUUGUCUAAGAAAGAAAAAAAGAAAUGAGUCAUCAACACUCUGAAAAAUCUGUGAAGAAUGAAGCAUUUACUUCCAUAAGAAAAAACUCACCAACUUAUAAGAAUAAAAGAUUUUAUUUAAAUACAAAUUCUGAUUUGUAUGAAAACAAUUGUUAUGCACCGAAAGCAAAAUCAUCAACAGCGGCAUUCACUUCGUCGACUUCAUCAACUCCAUUACUACAAAGAAAACAAUCGCCAAUAUUUGAUAAUUCACCAAUUAUCAUAGAUCAUAAUCAUAAGUCUAUAAGAGAUUUGAAGUAUACCACUGAGAAUAGAAGAAAAGAGUAUAGAUCACCAGCAAAUAUACAUCAUCAAUCUAGUGGAAUUCAUGAUUUUAUACAUUUAAGUUUACCUGUAUCUGAACCAAUUUUUACAUCAGAUGAAUCUUAUUCAUCAUCUUCUCUACCGGUAACACCAUUACCUACAACUAUAUGUACAACAGAGAGAUAUCGAUCAAAUUUGAAUAAUAUUUUGCGAGCAUCAAGUUUUGAUAGUCGCUUUACAAAUGAAUUAAAUGACAAUAAUAAUAUUCAUUCUAAUUAUCCAUUGAAAGCAAAUUUAUACAAACAAACUGAAUUAAAAUCGUUGUGUAAACAUAUGGCGAAUUGUAAUAAUAAUGAUAAUGAAAAUUCCAAUAAAAAUCAUUCAAUAACAUCAGUUAUAAAACGCAGUUAUUUGACUAUUACACCGUCGAUAGAGAUUAGUUUAGUUAAUGAUGAACAUAUGAAUAAUGAUGUUGAUAUUGAUAGUAAUAAUAAUAAUAAUUUCAAUAGAAUUAAUAAUAAUCAUGACGAUGAUGAACGCAACGGUUUUAAGAGACAACAAGAUAAAUCCAUUUCAGAACUUCCACUAUAUCCUAAAACAUCAAGAGAUCGACUAAAAUCAAAUCGUUUGCUGACGUACAAUAAUCGAUCCACUUCAUUACAUAUCGAUGUAAACAACACUGAUGAUAAUAAUGAUAUGUGCCAACAACGUUAUUUGGAUGAUAAUAAUUCUACUAAUCGCAUACGAGCUCGAGCAUUGUCCAGCCAACAAUUACAUACACACAAUAAUUUGGACGUUACACUAGAAACGAAUACAUACAAUCUUGCUAAUACCAGUAACUGUAGUUACAACAAUAGUAGUAGUAGCAGACGUGGUAAAUUAGUAAGACAAUCACGUUCAUUCCAGAAUCCUGUUGAUCCAAUAAAUAAUAACAAUGACAACAUAGAUUAUUCAUCAACUGCUGCUCUUUACAAUAAAAAUAAAUCUAAUCAUGUGAAUACAUCAACCAUUGGUAAUGUUAUGGAUGAGUUUGAUUAUUUUUGUCAUAUAGCUAAUGUUCCUAGAGAUCAAGAGAAAAAACGAUCUGCCAUAAAAACAUCACUACAUCCUACAUUAUCCACUUCCAAUAUUCGAAGUCAUUCAAUGCGUGAAACCAGUUUAGAGAGACAAAAAUGUAUCAUUGAUUGUGGUGCCAACAAUAGUGGAAGUAUAUCAGACACAAAAAGCAUGAAAUCGAGUAAAACAAGUUAUUUAAAACCUCCUGGUAAAGGUCAACUUAGAAGAGCUAGUACCGAAGAAGAUCCGUUAAAUAAGUCAUCAUUAUAUAAACGUCCUGUGACAGCAACAUUAAGCUAUACUUCAAUGACUAGUAGUUAUUCAAAUCUAUGUUUAACUCCACCAAAAUCUAUACCAUCUGUUCCUUAUGCAAUGGAUGAUAUUAAUAAUCCAAGUAGUCCAUUAGGUGUACCGUUAUCAUUGGAUUCAGUGUUUGCUGACGAACCAGGACUAACAUUUUAUCAAGUACAAGUUUUAGGUGUAUCCGGUGUUGGCAAAACUUCAUUAUGUCAACAGUUGGCAGCAUUAGUACAUGAAAAUUCACCAAGUUGUGAUUCUGAUGAAAUGGAUAACAAAUUAGAUGUUUAUUCAAUAACUACUGCUCUAUGGGGUUCAGUAUAUACAGUGAAUUUUGUAGAUACUUCAGCAGAGAACUGUGAAAAAAAUCUUGAAGUUGAAAUACGUGAUUGUAUUGAUGCAUUCCUUGUUGUUUAUGCUAUUGAUGAUCAAAAUAGUUUUGAAGCAGCUAGAUUAAUCGUUAAUGCAUUGACACCAUUGAAUGAUACAAGACAAUGCCCAACGUUGUCAUCAUCAAAAGCGAUGAAUAGUCCGAUGACAGCUGUACCUGGACUAAUCUAUCUUGUUGGUAAUAAAUCAGAUUUAGUCAGAGGUAGACAAGUAUCUAUAGAAGAUUAAUGACAAUCUUAUCACUUAACAUUCACCAUUAGAUUGUUUGAACAUUGAAAUGAGUGACCCGAAUAUGACGUCAUUGGAUACAGCUUUGAGGAGUAAUGCAAAACAAGACGAUGGAAUUUGGUCGUAAUGAAUAUCUAGUCUAUAUAGUUUGAUUUCAGAGGGCUUAACUGGCAAGCAGUGACAGUAUAUUCUAAUUAUUAACCGUAUUAUCCACCCUAGACACCCCAAGAUGCUAAUAAUCUCUAAAAACCUGGAAAUGAGAUCUGAUGAUAAGUGUAAAGAGUAAAGUUUACAAGAAUUAAACAUGAGAUUUUUAAUAAAGUGAUUUUCUAAAUUUAUUGACUUUACCUUUUACUGAAUUUUUUCCUAUGUAACAGAAGGUCGUCAUUUAGCCUCAAUACAUGGAGCGAAAUUCAUCGAAAUUUCUGCAUCGUUGAAUCAUAUGGUUGCAGACCUUUUUGUAUUACUAAUUGGUCAUCUACAUGAAAGUGAACAACGUGGCAGAGAUCCUCGUCUACCUGCUGAAAGAAGAGUUAAUCCAUUACAAUCAAAUCCAUUGACAAGUUCAUCAAAGUCGAUAAUAAACUCCAACGUAGUUAAUACUUCUAAAAUACUAACUGUUACCAAAGCGAAUUUUAGUAAAUUUCUAAAAAAACAUUUUAAACGUGUUAGUCAAGUCAAUGACUAACUGUGUUAACUAUAUGAAUUUAAUUCUAUCACAGACUUUUGGUAUUUUCGAGUUUCACUACUUACAUGUAGCUAAAGUAAAUUGAACAAAAUUCCAGAACAGCAGUUUUCAAUUUGUAAUGGUUAGUUUUUCUUCCGAUAUAGUUAAUUGCAACCGGAACUCAAGCUUCUCGACAGAAUAAACAAAAUAUCAUUUUAGAUUAGACUAAUCUAUUACUAGUUGCAUAAUUCGUUAGAUAAAAUAUAAGACUUUUUCAUUA